AUGGCUACAGAUGAAGUUACAGGAGGGGCUCGCAAAGCUACGAAAAGCAAACUUUUUGAGUUUCUGGUCCAUGGGGUGCGACCUGGGAUGCCAUCAGGAGCUCGAAUGCCCCAUCAGGGGGCUCCCAUGGGUCCCCCAGGCCCCCCAUACGUUGGCAGCCCCUCAGUGCGACCUGGGAUGCCCCAGACCGUGAUGGAAACAACAAGAAAACGCACUGCACCACAGCAGGUCCAGCAACAGCAAGUGCAGCAGCAAGUGCAACAGCAGCAGCAAGCCACUCAGAACCGGACUAGGAGUGCCAAGAGGAGGAAGAUGGCUGACAAAAUUCUCCCUCAGAGGAUCCGGGAGCUGGUUCCUGAGUCCCAGGCCUACAUGGAUCUGUUGGCCUUUGAACGCAAACUAGACCAGACCAUUAUGCGGAAACGUGUGGAUAUUCAGGAAGCACUGAAGAGGCCAAUGAAGCAAAAACGGAAACUGAGACUUUACAUCUCCAACACAUUUAAUCCUGCAAAAUCUGACGCUGAUGACUCUGAUGGCAGCAUUGCUUCAUGGGAGCUGCGAGUGGAGGGGAAGCUCCUGGAUGAUCUCAGCAAACAGAAACGGAAGUUUUCAUCUUUUUUUAAGAGUUUGGUUAUUGAACUGGACAAAGAUCUUUAUGGACCUGACAACCAUCUUGUAGAGUGGCACAGAACUCCCACAACCCAGGAGACGGAUGGCUUCCAGGUGAAAAGACCCGGUGAUGUUAGUGUGCGGUGCACGUUACUCCUCAUGUUGGACUACCAGCCUCCACAGUUUAAACUGGACCCGCGAUUGGCCCGUUUGCUGGGGAUACACACGCAGACCCGAUCAGCCAUCAUCCAGGCUCUCUGGCAGUAUAUCAAAACAAAUAAGCUGCAAGACUCCCAUGAUAAGGAAUACAUUAACUGCGACAAGUACUUCCAGCAGAUCUUUGACUGUCCAAGGCUAAAGUUUUCUGAAAUUCCUCAGCGACUCACUAACCUGCUGCUGCCACCAGACCCUAUAGUGAUAAACCAUAUCAUCAGUGUUGACCCCAACGAUCAGAAGAAGACGGCUUGUUAUGACAUAGAUGUAGAAGUUGAAGACCCAUUAAAGGGACAGAUGAGUAGUUUUCUUCUCUCAACAGCUAACCAGCAGGAGAUUACAGCAUUGGACAACAAGAUUCAUGAGACAAUCGAAUCCAUAAAUCAGUUAAAAAUACAACGUGAUUUCAUGCUGAGUUUCUCCAAAGAUCCCAAAGGAUACAUCCAAGACCUUCUCCGGUCCCAAAGUAGGGAUCUUAAGGUGAUGACUGAUGUAGUUGGAAACCCAGAGGAAGAACGCAGAGCUGAAUUUUAUCAUGAGCCGUGGUCUCAAGAGGCUGUGAGCAGAUAUUUCUACUGCAAGAUCCAGCAGCGCCGGCAGGAACUGGAACAAUCUCUGGGAGUGCGCAACACAUAAGUACUGCU